UGUUCUAGAUCCUAAUGGAUAGUGUUGAAAGAUUGGAAGCACCCAACGGCAUAGCGAUCGGCCGUUGGUAUCCAUAAUUCGCGUUCUGUGUUUCCCAGUAACUGAAUUCUGUUAUUUCUUUGAUCCAUGGAGAUGGGAGAGAUGAUCAACGGAACUAACUGCAUAUCCAAACUGGAACUUCCUGAUUUUAUAUUCCCUUCGAAGGAAUCACACUGUUCAACAACACACCAGCCAUGCCCAUGCGGAAGGAGAUUCUGGUGGCCGCAUUGGCCGCUACUGCCACUCUGGUAGUCGCCGCCGCCGCGCUGAGGAGAUGGAAGCGGAGGAAACAAUGGCAGUUGAAGCAAGCACACCGAAUUCUCCGCAAAUUCGCUCGGGAUUGUGCAACUCCCGUACCCAAGUUGUGGCAGAUCGCCGAUGAUUUGGAGUCCGAUAUGCGGGCCUCCAUUGCAUCGGAUGGAACCCGUGGCAAAGCCACUCUCAAAAUGCUCGUCUCUUACGCCGACGCUUUCCCCAAUGGAGAUGAGGAAGGGUUUUAUUAUGGGGUUAAUUUGCGGGGAACCAAUUUCUUGAUUUUGUGCGCUCGGCUUGGGGGAAAGAACGCACCCAUCUCUGAUAUUCAUCGCGAGGAGAUUUCGAUCCCUUCCAAUGUGAUGAAUGGUAAUUCUGAGGAUCUGUUCGACUUCAUUGCUGCGGAGGUUGCAAAAUUUGUUUCCGCUCAUCCAGAGAAUGAAAAUGAACCGGUGAAGAGGACGGAGCUGGGCUUUACGUUAUCAUAUCCAGUGGAUGAUGCUGCGGCCACAUUGGGAAAUGUAAUUAAAUGGGAUAGUUUCUCCGCUGAUGACACAGUUGGAAAGAAUAUGGUGAAAAACAUCAACCGGGCUUUGAAUAAGCAUGGUGUGAACCUUCGUGUCUCUGCAAUGGUUGAUGAUACUGUUGGGAAUUUAGCUGGAGGUAGAUACUACUGCAGGGAUAGUGUUGCUGCUAUAACUUUAGGCAUGGGCACGAAUGCUGCUUAUAUAGAAUCAGCACAAGAACUUGCUCACUUAAAUGGACCAUCACGAACGUCAAGGGAGAUGGGAAUCAGCAUGGAGUGGGGAAAUUUUCGUUCACCGCACCUUCCAAUAACCGAGUUUGAUGCUUGUCUAGAUUCUGAAAGUUUAAACCCCGGUAGUCAGGUAUUCCAAAAGUUGGUAUCAGGAACCUAUUUGGGAGAGAUUGUGAGAAGAGUCCUGGUAAAAAUGGCACAGGAAACAUUAUUAUUUGGGGAUCCCGUACCUCCAAAGCUUAUGACCCCUUAUCUGCUAAGGUCACCUGAUAUGGCUGCAAUGCAUCAGGAUACUUCAGAAGAUCGAGAAGUUGUCAACGAAAAGCUGAAAGAAAUUUUUGGGAUAACUGAUUCUACUCCAAUGGCAAGAGAAAUUGUUGCUGAGGUGUGCGAUGUCGUGUCAGAACGUGCAGCCCGUCUUGCUGGAGCUGGCAUUGUGGGGAUCGUUAAGAAGCUGGGGAGGAUUGAAAACAAAAGAAACAUAGUGACAGUGGAAGGUGGGCUUUACGAGCAUUACAGGGUGUUUAGAAACUAUCUCAAUAGUAGCAUAUGGGAAAUGCUUGGAAAUGAACUUUCAGACAAUGUGAUAGUGGAACAUUCUCAUGGGGGGUCCGGCGCUGGAGCUGUGUUCCUUGCUUCAUCCCAGAAAGAAAAUUUUGAUUUCUAACUUUUCAAAAUUUUAUAAGAAACUAGAUCAUUCUUUUUCUUCUUCACUUGUAAGCAUAUAUAGCUAUAGUUGAAGGGGGGAAGUGUUGUUCCCUUUCUUAUGUCACUUCAACUUUUCCCAAACUACGUCAGUUGAAGGAAACCAAAUAGAGUUGCCUGUUUU